AUCCGAACGGCAGCAGCAUCGGUGCCGCAGCAGAGAAGACCUCAUCCAGGCGUGGAAUUUGGUGACCCCCAAAUGGCGUUUCAGGCUUUGUACAACUAGCCUCUUCGAUGCUGUUCUUCAGUCCAAAAUCUACUCCUGCCCAGAGUCCACGGCAUCUCUACUGCCCCCCUUGCAGGUGGCAUGGAUGACUUCCACACGGGUGCCAUCUUCUGGGUGUGGGUGUUGGCAUUUACUGUCCCAGCUCUGGUUGUUCUGCUUGUGCUUUGUGUUGGCUGCCGGGACCCUGAAUUAGACAUGCCGCAGAUUGAUGAUUACGCAUAUAAGCCCUCCUCUUCUGGCCACCUCGAGACAUUCAGGGUGCUGCGGCGUAAUCCCUCUCCCCCUCGCCCUGCUGUCCAGUUCCAGCCAGACUUGCAGAGGUGCCCCCCACGGAAUCCUCCCAGGCCAGCAGCUUUAUUCAGCAAAGCUGAAGAGGACAAUGAAAGCAUUCCCAGUUACGAGAAUGAGGAACAACCUUGCGCUACUGACAACGAUAAAAACUACAUUGAGGUGCUGCCUGAUGCUCCAUUUAUGGAACAGGGAGACAGGGAUGGUGUAUCCACAGGUUCCAUAGGGGAUCAGUAUGAGAAUAUGCCUGAGUCUGCAGCUUCUUCAAGGCAUUCACUUGGAGAAUAUGUCAACGUGCUUGAGCCAGAUGCUGCCAUCUUAGAUAUUUGCAUUGCAGGUGGCAACAGUGACCCAGAAAGUGAAGAUGACAUUCCAGACUAUGAGAACAUCAUCUGCCCUAGACUGAAAAGCUAAUUCAAAGGCAGUAUUCUUUAGUGACUCCGAUUACCUCCAUGCAGGAUGGCUCUCUGAUGAUCUUGCUGGCCUGAGGACACCCCACCCACUCCGAAGCAGUCCCCUCAAAUACUGCCAUAACUUAUUGCCCUUCUUUGCACUUUGGCUGACAAAUCCUGAGAAUUUCCCAAAAUUCAUUGUCUCCUCAUCAAAACUGAGAAGCUUGACGGUCCGAGCGGGUCUGACCUCGUUGCAAAAGAAAUCUGAGUCGCAUUUAUCUCGUGGCUGAAUAAAGGACCAGGAGUUCUAUCAUCUUUGUAUUUAAGUGAGGGUUGGGGGGGGGGGGUUGGCUGGAUGAACGAAAAAGUAGCAACAGCUUGCAGAGUGGGUGGAUGGGUAAGUUGUAGUAAUCAUUAAAGGCUGGGUCUUAAAUUUUGGUUUCUGAUAAAACUGAGAUUAGUUUUUGUGGGGAGGGGGGAUAUGCAACUCAAGCACAUUUAUGAAAAACUGCAUUCAUAUUUUGAUUCAAAAGAUUUCUUGUUCCCUUUCUGGAUAUGGUUACAUGCUGGAACUUGCAAUGGAAAAUGUUACCUUUCUUCCUUUACAAAGGCUUGUGUGUCUGCUGCUGAGAUGUGCUGUUAGGGUCCCCUCAAAGCACGUGUUUCCUCUCCUUUUUUUGUCACCUGCAGUAGCUUCCAGAGGUGAUUGUCUGCUAGGGAAAUGACAAGCAGGUGGCUGUUAAUUCAUCCCCUUUCUUAGCAUCUUUCAUAGCACUGGUCCACAUCAGCCUUCCCACCACCGCACAUAUUUUAUUUAUUUAGGUAUGUAUACCCUGUUUUACUGUCCAGUGGAGACUCAAAGCAGCUUACAUAAUUAUCCUCUCCAUUUUAUCUUCACAACUCUGAGAUGAAGGUUAGGCUGAGCGAGAAUGACUGAUGUGAGGCCACCCAGCCAGGUUUGGUGGCAGCCCAGUCUGGCACGCUAAUAAUUGCCCUGUGCUGUCUUUUACUGGUACAGAAAGCGUCAGAUCUGGUCACAAAUCUGUCAUGUGAGGGGCAGUUUAGUCCAGAGUUGUCACUUCAUGAGUAAUUCCUUAUGAAAGUACCUGAUAAUGUUUGCUUCUGUACACAGCAUUGCAAAGGGUUGUAAGAGAACUGCUUUGCCCCUACCUGGCUUUUUAAUAAAGGCCACAUUUUAACCGGCUCAUCUACGCUACUUGUGCAAGGAAAGGGCCUCUUUUUAUUCUAAAAGUGCAAGAGUCCAGUAGCACCUAUAAGACUUAACAAAAUUUGUGGUAGAGUAUAAGCUUUCAUGAGUCACAAACUUCUUCAGUCACAGCUCACUUUUUAAAAAUCCAUAUAUGGACUUUCAUACAUUCCAACCAAUUUGUAAUAAAAUUUAGCCCCUUGGUUUCUCCUUACUCCACCAUUUGCACAGUUCCAGCUGUUCUUCUGCUCCCUCCAGUUUGCCUGUGUCUUGGCUUGUGCCCAGGACAGAAGGAGGGGCAUGUGGUUAGCCACUAUUGGAAACGGGAUACGGGAGGAGGUGGGCCACUGGGCUGCCCUAACCGAGAUUUUUAGCUGUUCUGUGCAUAAGUGAAGAAAUCUGUCUGAAAUUCGGUUGCUCUUUGUGCUAGAGAAGAAGGUGUUGAAGUGUCCUGUGCUUGAAUUUCACCCCAUGCAGUGGCUCAGAUUUGGGGUGGUGUGAAGGAAUAUCACAGAGGCUGUGGUAGGGUUGCCAGUGCCAGGUUGGGAAAUUCUGGGAGGUUUUUUGGGGGGUGGAGCUUGGAGAGGGCAUUGUUUGUGGAGGGGCCACAGCUGGGGUAUAAUGCCAUAGACCCCAUCCUCCAAUGCAGCCAUUUUCUCCAAGGGAACUGAUCUCUGUGGUGGGACCCAUACUGAGGUACCAGAUGUCUCUCUUCACACAAGCAAAAGUGAAACAAAUAUUGCUCCCCCCGCCCCAGUGUCUAACUUAGAAUUAUCCUCUCUGGGCUGAGAAUCCUGCAUCUUUGGGGAUGGAGCCUGGGGAGGAUGGGGUUUGGGGAGAGACCUCAGCAGGAUAUAAUGCCAUAGAGUCCAUCCUACAAAGCAGCCAUUUUCUCCAGAGGAACUGAUCUCUGUAGACUGGAGAUCAAUUGUAAUUCAAGGAGAACUCCAGGGCCCACUUGGAGGUUGGCAACUCUAGUCCAAUCAAUCCUCUAUUCAACAGGAGUAGCAGGUGCUUCAGAAAAGCCUGGAAGCCAUCAUCUUCAUAUCGGUGAAAGCAACCAUUUGUAAAUGGUGCUCUCCAUCAUAGGACAAUGCUUUGCAUGGAACCUCUUAACAUUUUGUGGAACUUCCCAACAUCCUGUGAUUGGGCCUAGUUCCCCAUGGCAGCCAUUUUGUUAUGGAACCACAUUGCUUCUUCUUAAAAGUGCUCACAGUUUCAACAAGGCUGGUAGAUGGACCCCGUCGUCUAAGCAGUAUUUAUUAAGAAAAUGAAAAAUUCUUCCAGUUAAAAUUAGUUCAGAGAUUGUGGGGAGGAGAUUCCUAACAGCAUCACCUUUUAUCUCUUCUUCUGUAUGAUUAUUAAACUGAGCCCAACUCUCCUGCCAGCUUCUUCAUCCAGUUAUCUUCUUGAACCAAAAACUACCCACCUACCACAAAAAUACCACUAAAACAUCUGAAGCAGCCCAGAUAUGUUUUUGCCAGACAGGCUAGAUGGAUAAUGGGGUGGUGUUACUGGACUUCACACUGCUAUGGAAGGAGGAUAAGUUGGCUGGCACUGCCCCUAUGAUAGGACAACAGCAGCCAACACCCCAUUAUCUCGAUGCACCAGAAGUUGCCACUUUCUCACCAUCGGCCAUCUCUGCUGAUAAUACUCAUACGCACCCAGUGUCCUCUGCUGCCCUUACUAGUUGUGCUGCAAGACACACAUAGUGCUACCAGAACUGCAGUCGCAGAGAUGGGCUUCUUGUUGAUGAUCUUCCUUGGCACAUUUUGCUUCCUCGGGACAAUCGCCGGGAAGCUGCAAGUACAAGCAGACCCCUCCUUAGUGACAGCUGCCGUUGGAGAGGACGUCUUGCUGAAAUGCAUUUUCACUGUGGACGAUGGGCCAGUGGACUUGAGCCGUGUCAUGAUCCAGUGGUUCCACCGGGGCAAGCAGCUCGUAGAGUUUGACAGUGUAGUGACAGCAGCCCGGCCGGAUGUCAGCCUGAGCCGGGAAGGGCUAGCAACCGGUAAUGCUUCCCUGCUCCUUUCCCAAGUUGGGACCGAGAAUUCGGGCAACUACAGAUGCUACGUCUCCUACUCACCAGAACUGCUCGUCCGGGAGGUGACUUUACAAGUGGAGGACCCUUCGAAGAUGCCCGAGGAUGACCUGGAAGAUUCCGUUUCGCCCCUGCCGUGUCUCAGUCGCUCUGAUGUCUUGAGCAAGUUGGAUCAGAUCACAAAGGCUUUGGUGCAAUUGGAAGCAAAGCUGGAGAAGUUCAUAACCAACAAGACCUUCACAGGAUGUGAUCCUGUUGCUGCCCCCCCAGAACCCCAGGAAGGAAAGCACGUCGGCACUCCUGGAAAUUUAAAUCAGUUUUAAAUCUACUUUUGCUGAAGUUGUAACGGGAGAACUGGAAACUUAAAACAGGCAAUAGCAACACGGUCUGUAAGGGAUGUCUCAAUAAUGCUUAGUCAGUCAGCACAUGGCUGGCGAGCACUGCAGUGGCUUCUGAAGUUAAAAAAAAUCGCCAUGCAUCAGGUCUGAAAGGUUGGUCCUAUGUUACCCAUUCAGUCUGGGAUUGCCACAAUACCUCCAUUCUGUUUUUAAAAAUGGGUAAUCCAAAUGACUUCAUUACAUCCCAGUAUUUUCUGUACAAAAUUUGUCUUUUUUCAGACCUACUUUUUCAUAAUUAAAAAAUAUAUAUAUUAGAACACACUUGCAGAGCCAGGCAUAAACAUUCAAAGCGCAACUGAGGUUCUAAAGUAUUGCUUCCUGUUUGAUUACUUCCUGUUCUUUCCUACAGAUGUGCAUUCAGCUCUUGUUGCAGAAUAUUGAUGUUUAUCUGAGGGUUUUAUAGUCUAGGGCUGGGAUUAGAGUGGUUUUACGUAUUUUGUAUUGCAUGUUCUGUUUGAUUUUAAAGGAUUCUUAUGGUUUGUUGAUUUUAACUGAUGUAAUUGAUUGAUGUGAACCACUUCUGAGUUUUUAACCAAAGAGAAGCAGUAUAAAAAUCAAGUAAGUAAAUGUAUAAGAAGGGGAGGUGAUUUGUACUUUGUAAUCAGCCAAAGCACUGGCUACAUAUCACAAUCAUUGUGAACAAAACAUUAGAUGUAUUGACUUUGCAUUGGUAGGAAAUAAAAACCAAUACUUAAGUUCCUA